AAUAACUGCUUCGAAAGUGCAAGAGGAAAUCAAAGUGCCGGUUAAAACUGUAUUUUGUUGCUAGCAACAGAACUGUUAAGCUAAUCGGUACAUUAUUUCAUUUAUUUUGUUUCAAUUGCGAACGAAAGAGUUCCAAAAUCCGAGUUUGUUUACAUGCAUAAAAUGCGCUGACACUUCAAAAAGGGCAUACAAAGAACAAAAACAAAAAGAGGCUCUCUGUUGACAAGGAGUACAUAUGUAUAUGUACGCGUAUGUGUGUGUAAGAUUUUCUUUUCCUAUUGGUGGAUGACAUUCGGUUAUCGUCGUCUCCAUCUGCAGGUCGAAGCCCAUGAAAUUGGAAAGAAAAGUGCUCUAGCGUUCACAAUCUACUGGAAACUGAACUGAAGUACUGAGAACUAUUAUAAUAGUGCCAUUUUUUCUGGACUUGGACAACAAUUGCAAUUUAUCUUAUUCUUCAAUUGACCAAGAAAGCUGCAAAAGUGAAAUUCCUAUUCCUGGAAUAACUUGAGAUCGCAUUAAAAAUGCUUCGCGGAAGCCACCCCAAUCCAGCGGAGCUGGAGGAUCCAAAUAUUCCACCCGAAACCGAAGACCUAGCCAUCAUAAUUACUCAGUUUUUGAGUCCGCAACAAUUCAGCUAUGUGAGGUUGAAGGAUGUGAUGGCAUCCGCAUCGCUGGUUUUUCAGAUGGAACAAACCCUGGAGAAACACUGCACCAAGGACAAGAACGAAGGCACAUACCUGGUAAACCAGAAGGUCAUCGUGCUAUAUAAGCCUAUGAAUCCGCCCAAGCUACUGAGGGGUGUGGUGAAAAGGCGCGAGGAUGAUGAGUACCUAGUGUGGAUCUUGGAUUACGGCUUUACUCUUUGUUGCUCUUCAGGAGACAUGUGGUCCCUGCCCGAUAUUUUGACUUCAAACAUUUUGGAAAUCAAGGACGGAAGCAUUGCAUAUAUAAGACCCAUGCAUAACCACUGGUCCAAAUCUUGCCUUCACGACUUCGACAAGUUAAUAGAAAAUGCAAUUCAUUUGAACUUUGAAGUCGUAUGCCAGGGCCAUGCGAAGCGACAUUUUGGCAAGCUCAUGUUCAAGACCGCCAGCCAGAGCGAAGUUUUCCAGGAUGGCGCCGAAUUUUUGGUGAGCCGGAAGCACGCCCUCUGUGAACCCUGCAUGAACAUCUCGCUGUCAACCAGCUCUUCUAGAGCCUUUAGAUUUGAGCUGGCCGAGAUCAACGACCCGAUGAUUGAAGCACGACCCCGUGUCAAAAAUAUAAUCCAACUGGUGUCCUCGUCCAGUAACCAAUUUUCUCAUUAUCCUAAGAAUAAUAAUAACCUGCUCGUGGAACUGGAGCAGGAACCCAAAUACAGCAAUUUAUCAUUUGACAUCGCCAAAGUAAUGGGAAAAACGGAGUACUGGUCUGAUUCAAGUGAACGCAACUUGUCCCGGCCUUCAGAAAGGGCUUACAUAAUAGAAAAAGCCCUAGAAAAUCGUUCAAACGUCCGCGUACCGAUCUCUGGCAAGCUCAUGCGUAACGAGGUCUUUACCUCCAACGAAAUUUGUGUGCAAGCUGCCUUAGAAAUACCUUCGAUUCGGGAUAAUCAAAAUAAUGAAAUGAUUCAUAAUAAAAGCAGCUCCUUGGAGUCAGGCCUGGACUCAGUCUGGAACAAUGUGGAGUUUCCAAAGCGGUCGUCGUCACCUGCCACAAGCAGUGAGGCAAGUUUCCGUACCAUGAAGAAUGAAGAUCAACCUACCUUAUCAUCGUAUUCAUCGGAAGACUUCUUAUCGUUAGAAUCGCUAAAGUCUAGUACAGAAUCGCUGUUAUCCAACUCCCUGGAAGAGUCUCCUUCGAAAGGCUUAAAAUCCACCUCCGCUUUUCAGAAUUCACAAAAUAAAUUGGAGACUGUUGAAGCCACCUUUACCUCGUCAUCUGCCCCAAGCAGUGAGGCAAGCCUCAGUACCCUGAAGAAUAAUAAUCAAGCUAACUUAUCAUAUGCCUCGUCAGAUGCUUGGCAGGAGAAAUUGGAGGCAAUUGAAGCUUCAUCAUCGGUAAAGGGAAGAUCAAUAUCUCAGCAGGAUAAUCUAGAGUCCAUAUACAAAGGGUUGCCUUAUACCAAAAACAAUGUUCCAUCCAUAGUGCAAAAUGAAUUCAAAAAUAGUAGCAAAGCCAUGGAAACAAAGAAAAACGAACUUGGGACCAGAGCCCUGGCAGUGAUGGCUCACAGCCCGCAAGCGGUACAUCCUGUUAGCUGUAUUGCGGAGUUGACAUUUUGCAAGGAAAUCCGUAAAAGCAUGGGUGACCUCAACAUUCGUACAGUGCUCCCAAUGCAGAUGUACUCCUGGCCGCAUCUAUUGAACGGCGGAUCGCUAGUGCUGGUUAAUGACUGCGACAGGGGUCGCACUUGGAGCUACCUGCCCGUACUGUGCUCCUCGGUGUUGAGCUCACUGCAGGACUCGGCGUUCAGUCGCGAACUGAAGCUGGGUCCCAUGGCAAUCGUCUUGGUGGAUUCAAUAGGUCGUGCCAAAGCACUGGCCAGCAAUUGUGCUUCACUGAUGUCGAGCUCUGACACCCAGCUGAUCAAGGUGGUCAAUACCCAUGACCAUUCGAUGCCGGCUUGCCAAAUGAUGUUGCUCAAUUCGUGCGGUAUUCUGGUCACAACACCUGACCAUUUGCUCGACUUGAUGGGCCUGGAUAUAGCCAUGAUCGAUCCCAAAAGGCUGCAGUACUUUAUAUUCGAUGACUUUGAUCGUCUACAGCAGACGACUCCGCAGGCCUUGAAUAAGGUGCUGCAGAAGCUAAACGCACUGCCUACUGGCCCAUCGAUGCAGUUGAUCCUGGUGGCCCAGCAAUGGCAUGCGAAGGGGUUCGAGAAGUUGCUGAAGCGCAUGGCAAGGCCUCUGGCUCUCUUUGGCAAUUUCCUAGAGGCAGCCAUGUACGGCGGUCUCAGGCUGAAGUUCAGUCUGAAGAACUCCUCCAUGAAGGCGGACUUGCUGCUGCAGUUCCUGGCGGAGCAGAAAACUUUCAAGAAACGUACACUCAUAUAUUGCAGGCAUGGGAAAGAGUUGGACGACUUACAUAGGGUUUUGAAAACAGCAGGGCGCGAAUGCGUGAGCCCUUCCGAAGCUCAGAACCAGCAGCCUCACCAGCUCUUGGUGGUCAGUGACGAGUUUGAACAGCCCGCGACGGCAGUGCGGAACAUCGAGGUGCUCAUCCACUUCAGCCUGCCCCAUACAUGGUCGAAGUUUGCCCAGCGAUUCAGUGUCAUGGCUGAUCAAAUCCCGAACUGUUUUGCACCUGCACCGCAGGAUAAGAAGAAGCAACCUCUGUUGAGCUAUUUGCUGCUGGAUAAGAGUAACUCCCGGGAGUUUGUACGUUUGACCAAGUUCCUUCGUGACCAUGGCUUCGAAACGAACGGGGCCCCCUGGAUGAACUUCCAACCGCAGGAGGAAGACGGCAUUCCCUAUUGUCCGUAUCUCCUGAGCACGGGAGAGUGUGCGGUGGUAGCCUGCAGUAAGAGGCAUUAUUUCAUUCAAGGCGAUAUGCCGCUACCUGAGAAUCCCCUGCAGCAAGAGGGAACCGUCAUCCGCUGCAAGCUUUACGGGGCUUAUGACCCAGGUCACAUGGCCGUGUGGCCUCAGGAGUACCAGACCAAGGGUUCGACCGAAUGGGUGGAUGCCCCUUAUCCGGUCACUAAGUGGCUCGCGGCAUUGGAAAUGAGCAUGGGAACCAAACAAAAUGUGCAUAGUAUGUAUCGCCUGGGCGAUGUGUGCGUUAUUCACCACAUGGGACACUUUAAGCGAGUAAAGAUCGUGGACAUCCAGGCCAAGGGCAGUGUUACAGUCCAGAUAAUGGACUACGGCACGGAGUUAAUGCGCGUCAACUCCAGACACUUGCUUCAGUGUCCGGAGCAGAAGUUCAGGACCCUGCCACCGUUGGCCAUGGAUAUUCGGCUAUCGGGGGUGUGUGCCGGAGAGGGCAAGUGGAUGAACGACACCACCCAGUGGGUUCAGCAAUCCCUUGCCAACAUCAGCGACCGUCAACAGAUGCAGAUAACCGUAGACUUUGCCAUGCUGAAUGUGGUUUAUGCCAAGGAAGUGACCGUGGUGGAGGAGUGUCCCACAAUGCGAACUAGUGUCUACAAGCUGCUAUUGCGCAAGGAGCUGCUUAAUCGAGGAUUCAGUCAAAUGGAUAGCCAAAGUGAUAGUCAGCUACGCAGGAUGCACGAGCAACAGAGAAAGGCCAACGAGGAGGCGGAGGGCAACAAGGAAAACACUCAGUUAGCCAUCAGAAACGAAAUCUUUUCUGAGAACACAAACCAAUAUCCUUCUCCCUUAAAAAUUGAACCAAAUAAAUCCUUUGACAUUCCGAAGAUCAGUAAGGAGAAAAAGCCAGAGCCGAUGACGGAAGUAGGGAACGAAACCAAAAAAGAAUUUUCUAAAAUUGAUUUAGAGCACAAGGAGUUACCUUCUACCAAAACCAUUAAUAUUGGAACCUUAAACGAGAAUAUUGCUCCAGGAGCUGGAAGUGACCAACAUUCGACUAGCACAGAGGCUCUUUGCAACACCCUGAUGCAAGAGGGUACGAACAGCUCCAUGUUCCUUCAAAGCGUUCUGGAAGGAAUGGGGGCCAUCAACGAAAAUAAACCCACUGGACGUCUUGACUUAAAGCUGGAGGAUGCCCCCCAAGGAGCUUCCCAAGGUCUGUUGGCUAAGCCCGUGAGCCAGUCGUUGCUGUAUUCCACAAUAUCAAAAGGAGCAGUCCGUCCCAGAGUCAAGUGGCAUCAAACCAACUCCCAUGUCGAGCUGACCAUUGAGCAGCAGGUGCCGGAGUACGAGCUCUGUCUGGAGGGCAAGACUUUGCUCUACGGUGUUUCGACCAGCUCGCCACCUCAACACUUUGUCCUGCCACUGCUGGGCGUGGUGCGCCUCGUUUCGCAGAAGCAACAUGGCUAUUACCUAAAGAUUAAGCUUGCCAAGGAGGGCACACUGACAAUUUGGCCAACACUUACCAAAUCGCUCUACGCUCAAAAACAUUACCCCUGGCUUACCUAUGAUGUCGAGCGAACUGAGGAACCAUCGCCACCAGAGGGUCUGGUCAUAUGGGAGCGCUUAUCGAGACACCGGGUGAACAACGACGACUACGGCAGCGAGAACGGGGAGUACAACUCUGAUGAUUUUGAUUCAGGAUCCGAAUCAGUGGAAAUCUUUGACGAUUGCUAGAAUAUUUAAAUUGUAACGUAAUCAUUUAAAACGGUGACGGUCCCCUAAGGGCUAAGAAAUCAUUAUACAUAACCUCAAUUUCUACGAUGACACGAUGGAAUACAUAUCGAUAUCGAUGUUAAAAUAAUGUUACUAUACACAACAACAUAACCUCAAUGUUUUCAUUAA